AUGACUCAUGAAAAUAAGGCGGAAAUAGACAUUGAUAUUGGUCAGACAAAACCCAGUGGCAACUACACGGAUAAAUGUAAUAAUGAAAUAAGCGUCCACAAGGAUGAUAAUAAGCCUACUAACGGUUACAAGAAAUACACUCAUACACCUGUAAAUAAGCCAUAUUAUAUCAGUGAGAUAAAUUAUAAUGGAAUAAAGCAGGAUGGAACACGAUAUGGUACUAUACGAGUAACUGCUUCAGGUUACUAUGAAAAAAGGGUAACCGUAUACUAUUUAAGAUAUGAUGAGAGUAACCUAGUACCAUUAAUAGUGGGACUUGAAAAGACCAGUAAGGAUAAUAACUAUGACUACUAUACAAGAACUAAUCUUUCAACUUCCAGUCCAUGGACAGAAGAAGAUAGCAGUAUCACUGAAGAAUACAAACUCUCUACAAAACUUACAGCCAUCACUACUCAGCUACAACUAAAACAGCUUGUUGUACUAAAUCUCAGUCAAACUGACGGGGAAUACUAUGCGGAUGGAACUAGAUCACCUCCAAAGGCUAAUCCAACUACUCAAGUACAUGUGACACAGUACACAUAUGAAACUGUUUACAAAAAGUGUGUUCACAAGCUUCCAGGGGGAAAGAUAAGACUACUUUCUACCAAAACUACUUUUAGAAGCAUACCGUUUGAGUCACCUAUAUACGGAAGUGAGUAUAGUGAGGCUUAUGUAUAUUUUUGGGAGUGGGAUAAAACUUAUAUUAAUCCGUUACUUGUUCAACUUGGGAAUGAUUACUACAUCACUGAUAAUGGUGGUACAAUUUGGACUAAACAUGGAGAUAUAGCAUCAGGUAAUAUUAGGGAAAAGUUGGACGAGCAAAACUGUACAAGGAAUAAGGCUCACAUUAUAGACAUUUCACAGAAGGGUCGUUUUGGUCGUUACACUUUUUAUCCUUGUCCCAGUUGUAGUUAUAAGAAAAUUAAAGUAUUAAACUAUGAUGCUACUAGUGACUAUUCCUACUUUUAUCAUAUUUCUGACGGAUACAUUAGCAGAUUCACGAAUAAUAAAACACUACAAACUGGAAUUAAAUUUCCACAGGCUAAUCGUCAAGCGUUUGUGUAUCGUUAUCCAAGCGGGCCUGAAGGAAUUCCACUCUUGGUUCGCAUUUCAGGAUUCGCCAGUGGUUGGUUCGAAAGGGACCCCUUGGACUCCAAUACAUGGAAACAGGUCUCUAAUCCCAAACUCAUUGGUACUAAUCUUGCUCAUAAUCAUGAGUCAAAAAUACUAAAACUUCUAAAGGGUAUAUUGCCAACUGUUACUAUAGACAUUGGACAUACGAAUGGUCUCGAGACAAGUGAGAAAUCUACUACAUAUCUAGAUCCUUCUGAAGGAAGUGAAGAUAAGGAAAGGAUUAAAGUUAAAAGAAAGGAUCUAGAAAGUGACUACGUUAGUUUCGUUCAUCGUGUAGAUAAGAAAGAUUAUUUUAUCCUUGGUGGAAUUAAACAUGAAAGCACCACUCUCUCUGACAUACCAUCAAAUUUAGUUGUGAAAAGUGUAACAGCAUACUACUAUGGUGAGAGUGACUGUACACUUGAGAAGCUUCUCAUGGUUUGCUUAGAGAAAAAGAAUGGUAAUCCUGAGAACUAUGCAUAUUAUAUCAGGGAAGACGAAUAUAAGGAUGGAACUGGUUGGACACUGGAUUCACAGCAGAAUACUGAACUGAAGGAUCCUGAGCUCACCCAAAAGCUUAAGGACCUAAAAGAGAAGCUUGAGGUUAAAGCAAAGCAAUUACUUCAAACUAGAGGUGCUGAGAAUGCUAGAGGACCAGGCUCUGUUGACCUACAGAAGAUUGUUCAGGAGAUAGUCAAGUUUUUUCAAAAAACAUCUGGUAAAAUUACUGCAUCAGUUACCCCUGGUAUAUGUGGUACUAUUGGUGUUACUAUCUGGAAAUGGCCUAAUAUACUCUCAUUUCUAAUCACUCGUCUGUAG